CUGCUUUGAGAGUUUAAGGGGAAGAGACUGAGCUCCAGAUCAAAACUUUUGUUUUCUCCUUACGGAAUUUUGAAGUCUAGACAUUUACUGGUUUGGUGAAGUCUGAAGGCAUAGUGUAUUGAUUAAGCUUACGGUCUGGACUUGUGACACACAGGAGGAACACAUGGCUUAGCUCAAAAUGGCCACUGCUAUGGUUUGAAUGUGCGAUGUCCUUCGCAGCUUAUGUGUUGGAACGCUUGCCCUCUAGCUGGUAGAGCUGUUCCGGACGAUGGCACGUGUCCCCCCUGUAGGUUGGCUGAGUGACUGAGUGACUGCAGGGCGGGGGAAGGACAGAAUACCUGUUGAUGUGAAGGAUGAAACAGCUAAGUCCUGCAGGCGAAAAGUGACAGGCUGUAUUCAAAGGUCAGGGUUUGAGUCUGGACACAAGGGUCUGUAUCUGUGACCUUCACAUUCCACCGGGCCCCGAGAGAAGGAGCUGAGCAGGCCAGUGGCGUAUCUUUCCAGUUGCAGGCAGUGAUAUCUACAAGCACCUCACAGGAGCUCAGGGACUCCGGCUGUCACGAUGACGAGGACAACGGUAGACGAGUUGGUCUUCUUUGUGAAUGGCAAAAAGGUGGUGGAGAAAAAUGCAGACCCCGAGACAACACUCCUGGUCUACCUUAGAAGAAAGUUGGGGCUGUGCGGGACCAAGCUUGGCUGUGGAGAAGGUGGCUGUGGGGCGUGCACCGUGAUGAUCUCCAAGUAUGACCGCCUUCAGAACAAGAUCAUUCAUUUUUCCGUCAAUGCCUGCUUGUUCCCCAUCUGCUCCUUGCAUCAUGUUGCUGUGACAACCGUGGAAGGCAUAGGAAAUGCCAAGAACCUGCAUCCUGUCCAGGAGAGAAUUGCCAAAAGCCAUGGUUCCCAGUGUGGGUUCUGUACCCCUGGUAUUGUCAUGAGUAUGUACACACUGCUCCGAAACCAGCCUGAGCCUACUGUUGAGGAGAUCGAGAAUGCCUUCCAAGGAAACCUCUGCCGAUGUACAGGCUACAGACCCAUCCUCCAGGGAUUCCGGACCUUUGCCAAGGACGGCGGGUGCUGUGGAGGAAGCGGAAACAACCCAAACUGCUGCAUGAACCAGACAAAGGACCAGACGGUUGUGCCCUCAUCUUCUUUAUUCAAUCCGGAGGAUUUCAAACCUUUAGAUCCUACGCAAGAGCCCAUCUUUCCCCCAGAGUUGCUGAGGCUGAAAGACACUCCCCGGAAGAAGCUGCACUUUGAAGGGGAACGUGUGACCUGGAUCCAGGCUUCGACCCUGGAGGAACUGCUUGACUUCAAAGCUCAGCAUCCUGAUGUCAAGCUGGUGGUGGGAAACACAGAGAUAGGCAUUGAAAUGAAAUUUAAGAAUAUGCUAUUUCCUCUGAUCAUCUGCCCAGCUUGGAUUCCUGAACUGAACUCAGUGACACAUGGGUCUGAGGGAAUCACCUUCGGAGCUGCUUGCCCCCUUAGCUUGGUGGAAAGUGUCCUGGUGGAUGCGAUUGGUAAACUUCCAGAACAGAAGACAGAGGUGUUCACAGGCGUGAUAGAACAGCUGCGCUGGUUUGCUGGCAAGCAGGUCAAGUCCGUGGCGUCCAUUGGCGGGAACAUCAUCACUGCGAGCCCAAUCUCUGACCUCAACCCCGUGCUCAUGGCCAGUAGAGCCAAGCUGGUCCUGGCGUCUAGAGGUACCAAGAGAACUGUCCAGAUGGACCAUACCUUCUUCCCUGGCUACAGAAAGACUCUGCUCAGUCCAGAGGAGAUAUUGGUGUCCAUUGAGAUCCCCUACAGCAGGGAGUUGGCAAAGUAUAAUGUACCAUACAGACUACAGGGAAAACGGAAGGAUGAGCUCAUGAGAUGGUCCUGGAAUGAGGAGUUGCUGCAGGACGUGUGUGCUGGCUUGACGGAGGAGCUGCACCUGCCCUCCGACGCCCCGGGUGGGAUGGUGGACUUCCGGCGCACCCUCACCCUCAGCUUCUUCUUCAAGUUCUACCUGACAGUGCUUCAGAAGCUGGGCAGAGCGAACCUUGAGGGUGUGUGUGGUAAACUGGACCCCACCUUUGCCAGCGCCACCCUGCUCUUUCAGAAGGACCCUCCAGCUAAUGUCCAGCUUUUCCAAGAGGUGCCCAAGGGUCAGUCUGAGGAGGAUAUGGUGGGCAGGCCCAUGCCUCACCUGGCGGCAAACAUGCAGGCAUCCGGGGAGGCCGUGUACUGUGAUGACAUUCCCCGCUAUGAGAAUGAGCUGUCCCUGAGGCUGGUCACCAGCACGCGGGCCCAUGCUAAAAUCACGUCCAUUGACACUUCAGAAGCCAAGAAGGUGCCAGGGUUUGUUUGUUUCCUCACCUCAGAGGAUAUCCCUGGUAGUAACAUGACUGGCAUUUUCAACGAUGAAACUGUCUUUGCGAAGGACGAGGUUACUUGUGUUGGGCACAUCAUUGGUGCUGUGGUCGCUGACACCCCAGAACACGCACACAGAGCCGCUAGAGGGGUGAAAAUCACCUAUGAAGACCUUCCAGCCAUUAUCACAAUGCAGGAUGCUAUAAAGAACAACUCCUUUCAUGGCCCGGAGGUAAAAAUCGAGAAAGGAGACCUCAAGAGAGGCUUUUCUGAAGCUGACAAUGUCGUCUCAGGAGAAUUAUAUAUUGGUGGCCAGGAGCACUUCUAUCUGGAGACCCACUGCUCCAUUGCUGUGCCGAAAGGCGAGGCGGGCGAGAUGGAGCUCUUCGUGAGCACACAGAACACCAUGAAAACCCAGAGCUUUGUUGCAAAGAUGUUGGGGGUUCCAGAAAACAGAAUUGUAGUCCGCGUGAAAAGAAUGGGUGGAGGCUUUGGAGGGAAGGAGACCCGGAGCACUCUGGUGUCCACGGCAGUGGCCUUGGCUGCAUACAAGACAGGCCGCCCCAUACGUUGCAUGCUGGACCGCGACGAGGACAUGCUGAUAACUGGUGGCAGACAUCCCUUCCUGGCUAAAUACAAGGUCGGCUUCAUGAAGACUGGGACUAUAGUGGCACUGGAGGUGGCUCACUUCAGCAAUGGUGGGAACACCGCGGAUCUCUCUCAGAGUAUAAUGGAAAGAGCUCUGUUCCACAUGGACAACGCCUAUAAGAUCCCCAACAUUCGCGGUACCGGGAGGAUUUGUAAGACGAAUCUGCCCUCUAACACAGCCUUCCGAGGCUUUGGGGGCCCUCAGGGGAUGCUCAUCGCAGAACACUGGAUGAGUGAGGUCGCUGUAACCUGUGGGCUGCCUGCAGAGGAGGUACGGAGGAAAAACAUGUACAAAGAAGGGGACCUGACUCACUUCAACCAGAAGCUGGAGGGGUUCACCUUGCCCAGGUGCUGGGAUGAAUGCAUAGCGAGCUCCCAGUAUCUGGCUCGCAAGAUGGAAGUGGAGAAAUUCAACAGGGAGAACUGUUGGAAAAAGAGAGGGCUGAGUAUAAUCCCGACGAAGUUUGGAAUAAGCUUCACGCUUUCUUUUCUGAACCAGGGGGGUGCCUUAGUCCACGUGUACACGGAUGGAUCGGUGCUGUUGACACAUGGAGGUACUGAGAUGGGUCAAGGCCUUCACACCAAGAUGGUUCAGGUGGCCAGCAGAGCUCUGAAAAUCCCCACUUCCAAGAUCCAUAUAACUGAGACAAGCACUAACACUGUCCCCAACACCUCUCCCACGGCUGCCUCUGCCAGCACUGACCUCAAUGGCCAGGCUGUUUAUGAAGCCUGUCAGACCAUACUGAGCAGACUGGAACCCUUCAAGAAAAAGAACCCCCAAGGCUCCUGGGAGGACUGGGUCAUGGACGCCUACACUAGUGCAGUCAGCUUGUCUGCUACUGGAUUUUAUAAGACACCCAACCUUGGUUACAGCUUUGAGACAAACUCUGGGAAUCCCUUCCACUACUUCAGUUAUGGGGUGGCUUGCUCAGAAGUAGAAAUUGACUGCUUAACAGGGGACCAUAAGAAUCUGCGUACAGAUAUUGUCAUGGAUGUUGGUUCCAGCUUGAAUCCUGCCAUUGAUAUCGGACAAGUAGAAGGAGCUUUUGUCCAGGGUCUUGGUCUCUUCACCAUGGAGGAGCUGCACUACUCUCCUGAGGGGAGCCUGCAUACUCGUGGCCCCAGUACCUACAAGAUCCCUGCAUUUGGCAGCAUCCCCAUUGAGUUCAGAGUAUCUCUGCUCCGAGACUGUCCCAACAAGAAGGCCAUCUAUGCAUCCAAGGCUGUCGGGGAGCCGCCUCUUUUCCUGGCUUCUUCGAUCUUCUUUGCCAUCAAAGAUGCCAUCCUCGCAGCUCGAGCCCAGCACGGAGACAGUAAUGCCAAGCAGCUCUUCCAGUUAGACAGCCCGGCCACUCCGGAGAAGAUCCGAAACGCUUGCGUGGACCAGUUCACCACCCUGUGUGUCACAAAAACAUCAGAAAGCUGUAAAUCCUGGUCUGUGAGGGUCUGAAGAGGAGGUUCCCCAGCAGUGUUUUAUACUACAGCGAGGAUUCCUUGGAGCCACAAGUGUAUACUGUAGUACCCAGCUUUCCACACGUCGCAGGGGGACUCAGCAGGAUGGCAUUUUCAAGAAAAUGGACAAUUAUGAUCCAAAUGAUGAGUUGCAAACAAACCAAUAAGCAAAUGGGGAGCUGCUGGCCCAAGUGGCAAUGUUGAGUAAUUCUGGGUAAUUCUGAGUCCAUUUUGAUCACAUAUUUGAAAUGAGGUUAGCAAGUAUCUGCGUUAUGUCCCUACUCGCCACAUGGCCUGUGUAACUAGGAUUCUCACACACCUGCUGACGCUUAAACCAAAGUUUCUCUAGAUAUGCAUGCUUUCUUCAGAAAGCUUAAAUCUGCCAAGCCACCGAGUGCUAUGUUGUAACUGCAGCUCCACACUGGUAGUCUUCAGUGAGACUGUGUGUGUGUGUGGGGGGGGGGGAUUAAAACCUCCAACACCUUUGCAUCAUGGAAGACAAUAAAACAUGAUAAUGAA